AUGACAACAGCUAUUCGUAUACUCGCAUAUGAUUGUGCAGCCGAUCACUAUGAUAAGUAUAUUAAAAUCGGCGAGAGCACUGCCAUUAAAUGCUUAAAGGCAUUUUGUAAUGCUAUUGUUGUUGUGUAUGCAGAAGAGUAUAUGCGCCCACCCAACGAAGCAGACAUAGCAUGGCUGCUUGAAGAAGGGGAGCAGAGAGGAUUUCUGGUGGAGUGGCAAGGCACACAUAGGGGACGAUCUGGCAAGAAUACUCUCAUAUUGGAAGCAGUUGCCUCACAAGAUUUGUGGAUCUGGCAUGCAUUCUUCAGAAUGUCGGGUUCACACAAUGAUAUAAAUGUGUUGGAUCAUUCCUCGGUAUUUAACAAUAUCGUCAAUAGCCAAUUACCUUUGGUUAAUUAUGUCGUGAAUGGACAUCACAAUAGAAUGGGGUAUUACCUGUCUGAUGGUAUAUAUCCUAAGUGGGCAACUUUGAUGCAGACCAUCCCGCACCUAACCACUACAAAAGAAAAUUUAUUUGCUCAUCGACAAGAAGCAGUAAGGAAAGACGUGGAACGGGUUUUUGGGGUAUUGCAAAUCAAGUGGGCAAUAAUGCAAGGACCAGUACGUUACUGGGAGAAAGAUGACUUGCGCCUCAUAAUGAAAACGUGCAUCAUCCUUCACAAUAUGAUCAUUGAAGAUGAGCGUCACACAAAUGUUGGGAGAUGGACUCCGCCACCGGAGGAUGCAAUCCCGAUUCCCACUUUAAGUUGA